UGCGGCCCCGCCGCUCCGGUCCCGCAUUCACGCGGCGGACGUCGUAGCGCGCGCAUCGAGCAAGCAACCCUCCGUUGCGAAACGCAGUCGGAACUCACCAUCGUAUCGGGGUGGUAUUCGAAAAUCGAUACACACUCGUGCGUGCGUGAGUGCGUGCGAGAAGAUUACGGACUAUCGAUCUCCUGUUCCGCUUUCUCGCGCCUUCAUUGGCCUACACGCCCACGUCCUCCUCGUCGCCGAUUGCUGAUUCGGGUAUAGUGUACUGUGCCUUAAAUCAUUAUAAUAACGAGAGAUAGUUUGAAGAGCCUGCGAGUGAUUCUGGAGCGCGCGAGGUCAACGAGAGAUUUCCCUCUCCUUCCUCACGAUACUGACCUUCCAAAGUUCAAGAUUAUCAGAGAAUGCUGAUUUUUCGUGGCGACAGCAUGUCGGCCCUAUAAUUUUCCUUCCUACUACUUCAUGGACGGAUAUCAUGUUGUUGUAACCGGCGACGCUUAUACUACCCGGAAAGCUCAAGGAAACGAAAUAUCAUGGCAUUCUUCGACGUGGGAUCGGGCGACCUCAAGGAAUUGUGGGAGUCGUAUCUCUCCGAUCCGAUAUGCCUCAGCCAAGAUGUCUUAAUGAAUACCAAAGAAGAAGACUGGAGUAAUGGUCUUAGGGAUAGCGUGGUCCUGAGAGACCGACUGAUGACAGAUGCGGCUCUCGGUGGACCACGACCGAUAAAAUCCGAGCAUAGUUACAGCCUUCUGGCUCACAGUCCUCCCCCGAGUCCGGCGACGCCAGGAGUCAACCCUCACACCCCCAAUUCAUGUUCCGGCGCAGUCGACUCGAGCACAUCGAAUACUAGUUCCUCCAUCGAUUUCGCCAAUCUGGAUCAGAAGUCUCUCGAUAUUCGCCGAAUCGAUGAUAUGGAAGAUGAAUGUUUUCCGGCCAUUUCGAUAAGUAGUGCCUCGAGCCGCGUCGAAUCGUCGUCGUCGUCAACGUCAUCCUCUAUCUCGACCGUAAUUCUCAAGAGAAACAAUCUAGUACCUGAAGAUAACGAGUGUCCGGAAAUUAAGGGCGAGCCUAUUAGUGCGCCGGCAAGUCCCUGCGCGCCUUGUCAACCUAACUGUGACAUAGUCGAUGAUAAGAGCACGAUAACAAUAGUGUCACCGCAGAGCCUUACCUUUGCCAAAACUCAGCUUUCGCACAUGAGUGACAGCGAGGAGGAUGACGAAGAGUACUAUCAGAAUAUGGAAAUCGAGGAGUACGGCGUUAUCUGCGAAGGGAAAGAGACGACCUUACGUGCGUCAAGACAGGGGUUGCCGCCGACACCACCCAGUAGCGCAAGCUCCGAUAGCGAAGGUACUGCUUCCGCUUCCUGUUCGCCGGAACGCCGAGAUUCCCAGACAUCUACGCAGAAUCUCAGGGGUUUACUGGCGCCGAGGCUUUACGUCAGCAAUAGCACUCACACCACCAGACAACCCAUUCAUACGCCCCUUAUUUCCUGUCAACCGAAAGGAUCGACGGGUGUGUUGACAUUAACGGAAGAAGAAAAGAGAACCUUGAUAGCCGAGGGAUAUCCAGUACCCACAAAGCUUCCUUUGACGAAACAGGAGGAAAAAUCCUUGAAGAAAGUACGAAGAAAAAUCAAGAACAAGAUAUCGGCGCAAGAAUCGCGUAGGAAAAAGAAAGAAUAUAUGGACAAUUUGGAGAGGCGAGUCACGCAGUUGGCAAACGAGAAUUCCUUGUACAAGGAUAGGCUGAAUACUUUGGAGGACACAAAUCGCGAAAUGCUGAAAGAGUUGCAACGUCUUCAGGCCAUGGUGCAGCUACAACAAUCCUAGAUUUAUUUGUCUUUCAACGGUCUACAUUCAUCGCAUUUUAUUUGAUGAUAUCCGAGUAAUUCCAUUGAUUUUAGCUCCUACGAAUAUCGUAACGAUAACGUUCACGUGAAUGUGUGCUUCUCAAUAUGUUCCGAGAGAUUGAAAAUUAUAUGAAAUAUUGAAACAGAUUUUAGAUUUUCAAAUCUUUUCUUCGGCGCUAAUACGGAUUUAUCCGUCGACUUUUGCUCUUCCAUAUUCAGACUCUAUUAUUCUUAUACAAUUGUCCUUUAUUAUUCGAUAAAGAGGAUUUGAAAGAGACGUCGUUGAUAAGAACUUGUUGCUAUGCUAAGUCACAGAUGUAAACGGAGUAUAUUUUUACGGAUUAGUGCAAUUUCUUUACAUUCCUAGUAUGUCUUCCUCAUCACACACGACGAAGCUUUUUGCAGCGCAAUUGCGACUAAAGAUUUGCAUCAAGUACUGCAAAUCGCUUCGGUGUUUCCUGGCAACAAUUUAAGGUUAUCACUAAUAUAUAUAUAUAUAUAUAUAUAUAUAUAUAUAUAUGUAUAUAUAUUCUCUCAUAAUGAUUAUAUAUAUAUCAGUAUAUAUCUUUUGCUAGAUUAUAUUUUCGCCAGGAGUGCCUUUACGGACAUUAUUUUCAUCUUUCUUUUAAUCAGCAUUGCAAAUCAGAGAACAUUUAGGCUAAUUUAUUUCUCGCUAUAGUACAUUUAAUACGAGUUCUUUCUCAUUUUAAUAAGACGUAAAAAUAUGGAGAUUUGAUGUUCGCGGAUAUUCCAGCCAUGAAAUGUGCGUGUUACGAAAAUCAGUUGUUGAAUAUUGCCUAACUCGAAAUGCAACAAGAAAUUUCGAAAAAAAAGAGAACGCUUGAAUGUAAAUGAUCUUCUAAUUAUUCGCUAAAUAUUGUACUUCGGAGAAGGUGAACGAUAUUUUAAACUGAGACACGAAGAAAUAUUUUUGAGGUCCAAAAUAUGAAGAGAGAAUAUAUAUCGUUAUGCAUUAGUCCAAUUUGACACAGUUUCGUCAAAGGGUUUUGCAUUAAUGCAAUUGUAUAUGUAUGCUCGCGGUAUAUAAAUGCUAUGAAAUACAUAUAAUAUAUGACAUAUUUUAUAUAACUAAAAAAACAGGGGAAAGUACGAUUAUAUAUUAAUUAAGAAUUGUGCAGAGAGAAAUGUAACGUGAGAAAGUAAAUUUGACGCUAUCGACGAAAAUAUUGCAUUUAUUGCGUUUCCUCUAAAAAAGAGAGACAUCUAGUUAUAUAUGUACAAUAAAUAUUAUAUCAUGCAGAUCGAUGAAAACUUGGUGAAAUCCCAAUUCCGCGUCAAAUCGACGAUGUGGCCUAUUUCCUUAGGACAUUAUCGUUAAAGUCGACAGACGUGAAUCGAUCGGCGAUUCCCAAGAUGAUUGAUCGAUCAUGCACAACGACAAUUUAUUUCGCGCCAAUUUGAAGCGUGUAAUAGCAAAUAUGUGUAAGAUAUAAGUUUACGGAUUAUAUAGGAUAUACUAUAUAUAUUUUGUUCGUCUCCACGCGAUAAAAAUCGUCUAAAAAGGUCCACGUUACAUUUGCAAGUCAAUGCAAGCAUUAUGCGGUGGCUAGGUUUUUACCGUCAUUUACAUAUAUUUACGCGGAGACGGUCGAGAGAGAGAGAGAGAGAGAGAGAGAGAGAGAAAGAGAGAGAGAGAGAUUGUAAGAUCCUGAUUUCGCGACCGUUUCUCAAACGCGAAGCUGUAUUAUUUGUGAUUUAAAGCCGAAGCUAAUCGAACAUGCGUGGAGAGAAUUCGUUCGGUUAAUGUCAUCAUCAUCAUUCUUUUAGAUGCUUUUUUUUCGUAAUUUUGUUCACGAUUAUAGCGUAAAAUCGCGCGAGAUGUGCUUCAUAUAAAAAGGCGAAUCUCGCGAUUAUUUAUCGCAUGAAAGUCGUGGAAAGGGACCAAUGCGCACAAGACAAGAGAAGAACUCUUUUUUUUCUUUCCUCCCUUCUUCACGUAAUUGCCAAAUAAAUAUUAGAAUUUAGUAUCGUAUCGCGUGACCAAGAGAUGGUUAUUUAUAUUAAAGGAUCAUAUAUACCUCGCAUGAGUGUCUACAGAGUGAAUAGUGAUUAUCGUUAUAUUAAUAUUAUAUCACACUUAUAACGUUUCAAACAUGAUUCUUCGUAUAAUAAUAAUCCAGACUAAAAUGCGUACGUAUACAGGAUGAUCGCACAAAGUCGUCAUCCAUUUACACUCUUGAUAUUUAUAUAGAUUGCAUUUAUUAAUUUAUAUUACAUUAAUAAUUGAAAGUAAAUUAUUCCAUUACUAUAUUUCAGCCAAAUCACACAUUUGACAAAUUAAAGUCAAAUUUAUUAAGA